AUGCAUUCCAUGCACCAGCAGCGGCGGCGGCCACCGAGCAGCAGCAGCAGCCGCAGCGACAGGACGCCUGCAGCUUCAUCUGCUUGGAGACAGGUACAGGAUGAGGGCCACCACGUCGCAGCUGCUUCUGCUCCUGCAGCGCCACACACCGAAGAAGCAAGCCGCAGCGUUCCAGCUGCUGCUGCAGCAACGAGCGUUGUUUCCAGUACAGCAGCAUUGCCAGCAGCAGCAGAAGCAGCAGCACCCUCGAGGCUAAGAGCAGCACAGAGCAGCGUUGCUGUGGGAGAUCACCCCAUGCGCAGCAUCAAGUACACCCCACAGCAGCAGAGGCAGCAGCGGCAGCAGCAAAGACAGCAGUCGCCGCAACACAGACAGCAGCAGCAGCAACAAAGACAGCAGCCGCAGCAGCAAAGACAGCAGCAGCAGCUGCUGCAAAGAGAGCAGCUGCAUCAGCAACCAAGACAGCACCAGCAGCCAAGACAACACCAGCAGCAGCAAAGACAGCAGCAGCAACAGCAAAUACAGCAGCAGCAGCUGCUGCAAGCACAGCAGCAGCAGCAGCAGCCAAGACAACUGCAACCGCAGCCAAGACAACAGCAACCGCAGCAAAGACAACAGCAACCGCAGCCAAGACAACAGCAACCGCAGCCAAGACAACAGGAGCCGCAACAGCCAAGACAACAGGAGCCACAGCAGCAAAGACAACAACAGCAGCAGCAGCAAAGACAGCAGCAGCAGCAGCAGCGUAGACAGCAGCAGCAGCAGCGCAGACAGCAGCAGCAGCAGCAGCAGAGACAGCAGCAGCAGUAUCGGAAGGUAACUUUAGACUUCCUUGCAUGCAACGAGGACUGCUGCGGCAUAUGUGGGGGUUCGCUGCAUGGUGGGGAACCAUACAUGACGCUCUCUUUGCUGCUGCAGCAGCAGCAGUACGAACGCUACCACAAGCUGAAGGAAAGACAGCAGCGGCUGCAGCUCCACAAGACACCAGCAGCAGCAGAUGCAGCAACAGCAGCAGCAGAAGAUAGGAGUGUGCCUGUGAGCUGUCAUUUGUCUUGCAUGCAUUGUGGAGUUUGUGAGGGCCCAGUGGGGAUCGAUGGGGACCGUGUGCUAUAUGCAUCAGCAGCAGCAGCAGAAGCAGCAGCAGCAGGAACUCCUUGGGGUGCAGCAAUUGCAUCAGGUGUAUACCAUGCUACAUGCAUGCAGCAGCACUGUGCAGUGUGUGGGGGCCCAGUAGGUGCAGCAGAGGCGUAUGUGCGGCUGCCUGACCCUGCAUCAGAAGCAGCAGCGGCAGACGCAGCGGAGGUAGCGGAAAAAGCACGCAGAGAGGCAAAAGUAUCGGGGACUGUGAUGGCGAGGAGGGCUGCUGCUGCAGCAGAAGCAGCAGCCGCAGAAGCAGCAGAAGUAGCAAAAAGAUGCAGAAAAGGCAAGGUGCAGCAUGCACGCUGCACUUGCUGCAGCACGUGUGGAGGAAUACUUAGGGGAGGCUCCUUCAUUACCGAUGGCUGCGGGGGGGUGCAGCACAAGAGCUGCUUCUGCUGCUGCUGCUGCAACAAACCCUUGGGGGGCCCCUUUGAAUCGCAUGCAUUCUUUGCUUCUAGUGUGCUGCUGCAGCGUCCUCCUCCAAUAACAGCGGAGGAGAUGUAUGCUGCUGCAGAGGAUGCUGCUGCUGCUGCUGCAGGCAAGCCUAUUGGAGGCGCAAUAGCAGCACAUGGCGGCUGCUGCUGCCUCGACUGCAGCAAGAAAUACCUUAAGUGUAUUGCAUGCGACCGCAGAGCUGGGGUGUACAUACACCCUAAUGGGCGGCAACGAACAUUACCUAGAGCAUUAAAUGCAGCAGCAGAACAAAUCAUGCGUAGUCGUCAUAUUCCUUUUACUGCAUGCAAGAGACGACCAGGAUCAGCAGCAAUGGCUGCUCGUGGUGCUGCUGCUGCUGCUGUAUUGUGUGGCCGCUGCGCGUCGCUUCCAGCAGUAGAAACAGAUGAGGACGCAGCUGCUGCAGUUAAGCAAGCGAUGCAUGUAUUAGAGGGUGAUGGUGUGUACUUCUCCCCCUCCCUUAAGAAGCUGCAGCGGGAGCUGAUAAACCUUGAGGAGGAGAAGCAGCACGAGGCUCAGCAGCGGCUGCAGCAGCAGCGUGCCAACCGACCCGGUGUAGUUCUCGCAAGACGUCCUGUUGCCGUGCCCCCUCCUCCAGCAGCAGCAAGACCAGCAGCAGCAAGACCAGCAGCAGCAAGACCAGCAACAGCAAGACCAGCAACAGCAACAGCAGCAGCUGCUGCUGCAGCAGAACAGCCUCUACCAGACCCAUUCUAUGAUCUGCCUUUCCUUGUUAAGCUUAUAGACUUCGGUGUAGAUCGUUCUUCUGUGGUUAUGGAUGCUGCUGCUGCUGCUGCUGCUGGGCGCAGCUCUCAUUUGUUUGGCAGCUGCGAGGUGCUGUGUAUGCAACUCUGCCCUGCACCUCUUGCUGUUUUGCUGCUGGUGGCGCAAGUAACCAACUCUCCCCUGCUCCCCGUGCUGCAGCAAAUGCAGCAUCAGGAAAUGCAGCAAGAGAGGGGGCAACAAACCACCCCCCACGGCACACACGAGAGAUUUUUUUCCUCCAGAAGCAGCAUCGGCCUCGACGGCGAGCAGCAGCAAGACCAUUGGCCCCCGGAGGAGCAGCAGCAAGACCAUUGGCCCCCGGAGGAGCAGCAGCAAGACCAGCAGCCCCCGGAGGAGGAGCAGCAAGACCAUCGGUCCCCGGGGGAGCAGCAGGAGCACAAGCUGCAGCGUUCGUUGCAUGUACGGUUUGCCAAGUGCGUACGCUUAACUAGGGGGCUACCAUCUUUGCUGCUGCAGCAGCACGGGGCCCAUGAGGUGCUGCAUGCAUUUUUUGCUAUUAAUCAAAUGCUGCCUAUAUCUCAACAAAUUGAGGAAGGACUAUGCAAUCUUGCUGCAGCAAGAGUCUUGAUUGCUGCUAUCAAUUCUAUAAGCAGCACCAGCAUUUGCCUAAGCAGCACCAGCAGGCAAAAUACACUAGGGCUGCAGCAGCUGCAGCAGCAGCAGCCGUGGCCGUGGCCCCCGCAGUUUGGCGAGCAACAACAGUUUCUGCAGAACCCACAGCAGCAGCACUACCCCUACCAAAACGAACAACUGAAUCAACAGCAGUACCAGCAAUACCACCACCACCAGCAGCAACAGCAACAGCAACAGCAGCUGCAGCAGCCGUUGGAGAUGCAGGAGCAACUGUCACUAGAGUUGCUGCACUACCAGCUAUGGAAAUUAGCAAUAAAUAGAGAUGAGGUGUAUGGGGAGGGGUACCGUAUAUGUGCAGCACAAUUAACAAGAGAAAUAUAUCUUGCCAAUGCAGCGCAGCAACAGGCGCAGGCCACCCCCAGUCUCGUGGGCUUGUCUGCCAACUUAGUGUUUUUUUGUGUACAGUUUCAGCAGCAGCAGCAACAGCAGCAACAACAGCAGCCCGAAUUCGUGGUUGUGCCCUAUGUUCUGCGGGUUGCGGCUACAGCAGCAGCAUCCAAACACCACAAUGAGUAG